AUGAACCAAGACAAUGUGAAAGCAGCGAAAGAGGCGGUGGAGAGCAUAGCGAAAGGGGGAAAUUGGCAAAGGGCUGGAGUGGGUGGAAAAGCAGGUUGGAGAGGAGGAAGGGGGGCUGGAGUGGGUGGAAAGCAUUUUGGAGAGGGGGAAGGGGGGCUGGAGUGGGUGGAAAGCAUGCAGGAGAGGGGGAAAGGGGGCUGGAGUGGGUGGAAAGCAUUUUGGAGAGGGGGAAGGGGGGCUGGAGUGGGUGGAAAGCAUUUUGGAGAGGGGGAAGGGGGGCUGGAGUGGGUGGAAAGCAUGCAGGAGAGGGGGAAGGGGGGCUGGAGUGGGUGGAAAAGCAUGCAGGAGAGGGGGAAGGGGGGCUGGAGUGGGUGGAAAGCAUGCAGGAGAGGGGGAAGGGGGGCUGGAGUGGGUGGAAAGCAUGCAGGAGAGGGGGAAGGGGGGCUGGAGUGGGUGGAAAGCAUGCAGGAGAGGGGGAAGGGGGGCUGGAGUGGGUGGAAAGCAUGCAGGAGAGGGGGAAGGGGGGCUGGAGUGGGUGGAAAGCAUGCAGGAGAGGGGGAAGGGGGGCUGGAGUGGGUGGAAAGCAUGCAGGAGAGAGGGAAGGAGGGCUGGAGUGAGUGGAAAGCAUGCAGGAGAGGGGGAAGGGGGGCUGGAGUGGGUGGAAAGCAUGCAGGAGAGGGGGAAGGGGGGCUGGAGAGAGGGGGAAGGGGGGCUGGAGUGGGUGGAAAGCAUGCAGGAGAGGGGGAAGUGGGGCUGGAGUGGGUGGAGAGCAUGCAGGAGAGGGGGAAUGGGGGCUGGAGUGGGUGGAAAGCAUGCAGGAGAGGGGGAAUGGGGGCUAAGGUGGGUGGAAAGCAUGCAGGAGAGGGGGAAGGGGGGCUGGAGUGGGUGGAAAGCAUGCAGGAGAGGGGGAAGUGGGGCUGGAGUGGGUGGAAAGCAUGCAGGAGAGGGGGAGGGGGGGCUGGAGUGGGUGGAAAGCAUGCAGGAGAGGGGGAAGUGGGGCUGGAGUGGUUGGAAAGCAUGCAGGAGAGGGGGAAGGGGGGCUGGAGUGGGUGGAAAGCAUUUUGGAGAGGGGGAAGGGGGGCUGGAGUGGGUGGAAAGCAUGCAGGAGAGGGGGAAGGGGGGCUGGAGUGGGUGGAAAGCAUGCAGGAGAGGGGGAAGUGGGGCUGGAGUGGGUGGAAAGCAUGCAGGAGAGGGGGAAGGGGGGCUGGAGUGGGUGGAAAGCAUGCAGGAGAGGGGGAAGUGGGGCUGGAGUGGGUGGAAAGCAUGCAGGAGAGGGGGAAGUGGGGCUGGAGUGGGUGGAAAGCAUGCAGGAGAGGGGGAAGUGGGGCUGGAGUGGGUGGAAAGCAUGCAGGAGAGGGGGAAGGGGGGCUAAAGUGGGUGGAAAGCAUGCAGGAGAGGGGGAAGUGGGGCUGGAGUCGUUGGAAAGCAUGCAGGAGAGGGGGAAUGGGGGCUGGAGUGGGUGGAAAGCAUGCAGGAGAGGGGGAAGGGGGGCUAAAGUGGGUGGAAAGCAUGCAGGAGAGGGGUAAGGGGGGCUGGAGUGGGUGGAAAGCAUGCAGGAGAGGGGGAAGUGCGGCUGGAGUGAGUGGAAAGCAUGCAGGAGAGGGGGAAGGGGGGCUGGAGUGGGUGGAAAGCAUGCAGGAGAGGGGGAAGGGGGGCUGGAGUGGGUGGAAAGCAUGCAGGAGAGGGGGAAGGGGGGCUGGAGUGGGUGGAAAGCAUGCAGGAGAGGGGGAAUGGGGGCUGGAGUGGGUGGAAAGCAUGCAGGAGAGGGGGAAGUGGGGCUGGAGUGGGUGGAAAGCAUGCAGGAGAGGGGGAAGUGGGGCUGGAGUGGGUGGAAAGCAUGCAGGAGAGGGGGAAGGGGGGCUAAAGUGGGUGGAAAGCAUGCAGGAGAGGGGGAAGUGGGGCUGGAGUGGUUGGAAAGCAUGCAGGAGAGGGGGAAUGGGGGCUGGAGUGGGUGGAAAGCAUGCAGGAGAGGGGGAAGGGGGGCUAAAGUGGGUGGAAAGCAUGCAGGAGAGGGGGAAGGGGGGCUGGAGUGGGUGGAAAGCAUGCAGGAGAGGGGGAAGUGCGGCUGGAGUGAGUGGAAAGCAUGCAGGAGAGGGGGAAGGGGGGCUGGAGUGGGUGGAAAGCAUGCAGGAGAGGGGGAAGGGGGGCUGGAGUGGGUGGAAAGCAUGCAGGAGAGGGGGAAGUAGGGCUGGAGUGGGUGGAAAGCAUGCAGGAGAGGGGGAAUGGGGGCUGGAGUGGGUGGAAAGCAUGCAGGAGAGGGGGAAUGGGGGCUAA